AUGGAGAACGAAUUACAGAAAUCCAACCGCUCUUGGACUUACUUCACGGUCCCCAAGUUCCGGAAUCUGGAUUAUGUUCCAUGGCAGCGGUCCAAACAGAAAAGCAAACUAUCUACUCUGCUUUCAAUCCCAGAAGACAGAGACAAUGAUAAAAGCAAAAUGAAGACUUUGACUAGGAGGCAGACAGCAUUGUCCUCCAAGUCCUCCAUAGCGGUGCCAAACCAGGUGAAGAAUGCACGAGAACUCCGCAAAUCAGAGAAGGUGGACUCUGGGAUGAUGCAUGCCCAAAUCAGGUUAAUGAAGAUGCUGAUCAAGAACAGAAAGACCUUGCUCCAGGAGCUCCGCAACCACGAGACCUUCCUCACCAAGCUCAAUCUGGAUCUGAUCAGCACCAUCCAGGACAUGGAGGACAGCACAGCCCUGAACGUGCGGGCAAUGCUGCAGCAGCAGGACAUCCUUACGACCAUCGUUGACAUAUUGGAGACUUCGAACAAUAAGAGGCUGCAACAGUUGAAGUCUGAGCUUCAGGAGUGGGAGGAAAAAGAGGAAUCCAAGAUGAAGGGCCUAGAGCAGCAAGUGAAGCAGCUGGAUGCCAAAAUCAAGAAGACCAACGAGGAGGUGAGCUUCCUGAGCACUUACAUGGACCAUGAGUAUCCUGCCAAGUCGGUCCAAAUCACCAACCUCGUGCGCCAGCUGCAGCAGGUCAAGGACAGCCAUCAGGAAGAGCUGGAUGACCUUAGUGAGCUGCGCAAAAGAGUCCUGAAGUCUUUGGCUGACAAGAUGCAGAAUAAGAAAAUAAAUAUUCUGAAGUCUCUGGUGGUGAAAACCCAGUCUCCCUACCAGGACGCUCUUCUACAGAGGACUCAGAAUAGCCAGGCCAUGUUGAGGUGCAUGGACAAGUUCAAAAAGUUUAUUGACCAAUUUGAAGAAGAAAUACCCAUCUUAAGGGCUGAGGUGGAAGAGCUCCAAAAGAAGACCCUGGAACCCCGAGAGAUCAUAUUUCAGGAUGUUUUGCUUCGAAGACCCAAGUGCACCCCAGACAUGGACGUCAUCCUCAACAUCCCUAUGGAAGAGGUGCUGCCCUUUUAGAUGGUGAUGCCAUGGGUCCCCCCUCCACUCCCUGCCCUCUGCCCAG